AUGAUGAAAUUGUAACAAAGUGAUUAACUAAAUAAAACAAAUUUAGAUUAGAUUAAUAAAGAUUUAAAUGAUUUCUUAAGAAUUUCAAAAUAAUUUCAGUGUCAUAUUGAAUAAUUCAAAAAUGCUGUUGAAUAUUUUAAAGAAUUCAAUUAAAAAAUAGAACCAUUUAGAAAUAAAUUGUUGAAUUUAUAUCACGAAAAUGAGGAAGUAUUUCAAAUAGAAUAAUUUAGAAUCAUUGUGUUAAAUUGUUUGAAAAUUAUAUCCAAAAAUUAAAAGAUGAUUCAAUUUAAAUUUAAAGGUUUUGUGAAGUAGAAAAAUAUUAAAAGCAAGUUUAAGAUGAGAUAGAAAAACAUAAAUAAUUAGAAACAGAAUGUAAAAUUAAAUUUGAAUUAUAGAAAAUAAAAAAAUAAUAGAAAUUUAAGAAAAAUUGACAAAAAAAUAAUGUGAUUAUCUGAAGAGUUUGACCAAAGAAAUAAAAUUAGAAAAUUUAACACGCUCAUUAAAAAAAUAGCGAUAAUAUUUAAUUGAAAAAAACAAUUAAUUUGAAAAAUAUUAAAAGAAUCAAAUAAAUGAAUCCUUAAAAUUAUAAUACGAAAUUUCAAUUUUAAAACUUGGACUAGGAAUAAAUUUAGAGAAAGAGUAAUAUUUAAAGGUAUAUCUUUUUCCAUUAUGAAAACAUUGUAGAAUUAAAUGUUUCCUAAUUUAACAUUUUCAACCGAUUAUAAACAUGAUAAAAUGAACAUUGAUGAAAACGGAAAGCAUGCUGAAAUGAGUGGAGAUGAUUCUGGCUAUUGUAUUUGUGAGUAAAUGAUUCCUAAGAUUGGUAAAAUACGUUUUGCAUUUGAAAUACUUAGAAUUGAUGGAUGGUGUGAAGUUGGAAUUGGAUUUAGAGAAAUGAUUAAAUAAAACGAAUAUGAAGGUGAAGGUUAAGGUUACGGGUAUUAGAUAUAACUAAUAUUUAUAGAUCAUAUUUAUUAUAAGAUUCUUCUGAUACAUAUUUUCAUGAUUCUAAUAAUACUCAAGGAAAGGAAUUUGAAUUUGAUUUAAAUGAUAUAAUAAUAAUAGAAGUGAGUGUAGAAGAGAAAUAUAUCAAAUGGAGUAAAUAAAAUUCCUAAGAAAAUUUAGUAAAUUUAAAACUAUCCUUAGUUAACAUAAAUUGAUACAUCUUAAGACUUAUAUCCAUGUGUGUAUCUUUGUGAUUCAAAAGUUAGAAUCAAAAAUAUAUCAUGA